UAUUCAGCCAUCUUGAGUCGCAACACACAACAGAGUUUUCUUUUGAGCAGUCUAAACUCUGAAUCCAAAAUGGGUCAAAUAACGAUGGAAAUGUUGUCGAAAUCCCACCAUCACACAAAGAAAAAACGUGAUGAAAGCAGUCAACAUUAUCUAAAGCGACUAACUCAUUUGUACCUUGCUGAAAAAGGGAUAGACGAAAUUGAUAAUCUUUCAAUGUGCAAGAACUUGUCUGUGUUGUACUUAUACGACAACAACAUCUCAAAGAUAAAGAACUUGGGAUUUGCCGGAAAUCUUACACAUCUAUACUUACAGAAUAACAAAAUAUCGAGAAUAGAGGGACUGGAUCACUGUAGACGACUGUCGAAAUUAUAUCUUGGGGGUAAUUCUAUAACAGUUAUUGAAGGAUUAGACAAGUUAGAGAACCUGAGAGAGCUUCACAUGGAAAAACAGCAUCUUCCUCCGGGUGAAAAAUUACUGUUUGACCCCAGGACCCUUCAAGCAUUAUCAAAAUGUUUAUGUGUGCUGAACAUAUCAGAGAACAAUAUCGACUCCAUUGAUGAGCUGCAGUGCCUUACCAACAUGACACAGUUCUUCACCGAGCAUAACCUGCUAGCAGACAUGAAGGAGUUGUCUCGGGUGAUGGCUGCUUGGCCAUACUUGUGGAGGCUUGAGGUCUCUGGGAACCCUUUGUGUCAAAAGAAGAAGUACAGAGACAGGAUCAUUGUCAUGUCAAACUCAUUGGUAAUGCUUGAUGGAAAAGAGAUCAAUGCAACUGCUAAGAGGUUCCUCAUGAACUGGAAAGCAAACAAAGAUGCAAGAAAGCGACAGAGGAAGCAGCACCUUCAGCUUGAGGGCACCUCAUCCAACACCCUGUCAACCAUACCCACCCUUCCCACCCUGCAUGGAUCAAUACAGACCAGUAAGGUCGGCAGCGGGUACUUUGUCAACCAAGGAAUCAACCCGCUGAUACGCCUUGCCGAUCCAGAGGAUGGUCAGACCUUGAUGCUAACAAGAGGAAACAAGACCCUGGCUGCAGUGGUUCAAGCAAGAGCACCUAACUCUACGUUAUUACGAGGAAGGGAUCCGCCAAUGCAGCAGUCUAGAUUUCCCAACAUCUUUGCUCCACCUCGUCCAAUGAUGAAUGAACCAACGUGGGAAACAGACAGUGAAAUGCAUAGUGUACCCUUACAGAUAUAAAAACACAUGGACUGUCAUAUCCAAAAUAAUAUGUAAUAGAAAUAUUUAUAAAUUUUACCUGUAUGGGUGCUAAGCGUGAAAAAGAAAAAGGAAUAAGAAAAAAAAUAUUAUUAGAAAUUAUAAUAAAUUGGCCCUUUGCGUUGUAAUUUAGACCAAGAAAUAGAUAUAAAAGUUUGUAAAUUAGUUGAUAUGUAUUAUAUUGUAAAUACGAAAUUAUAAGGUUAUUUACCAAUGAAUAAACAGUCGUCAGGUUUUG